CAGUACGCAGCAGUGCCACCAACCAGUUCCGCCCACCUGUGCCCAGCAGUGCGCCCACCUGUGCUCAGCAGUGCCAGCCACUUGUGCCCAGCAGUGCGCCCAGCACAGUGCCACCCACCUGUGCCCACCAGUGCCACCCACUUGUGCCCACCAGUGCCACCCACCAGUGCCCAUCAGUGCCACCCAUCAGUGCAGCCCAGCAGUGCUGCCAGUCAGUGCCCAGCGGUUGUGCCAGUCAGUGCCAAGCAGUUGCGCCAGUCAAUGCCUAGCAGUGCCGCCAGUCAGUGCCUAGCAGUGAUGCCAGUCAAUGCCACCUAUCAGUGCUGUCUAUCAGUGCCACCUAUCCGUGACACCUCA